AUGGAAUUCAGUGGACGCAGCUGCUGUAUCAGCGUCCAAAUAAUGUGCUGUUCUGUUCAGAAGCAACCCAUAAAUAGCAGGGCCGCCCGCCCCGGCCGGCAGAGCGGAACCACGCCGGCAGGCACAAUGACUGAGCAGCAAAGUCCCCCCGAGCAGAUGGCGACUGGGGAGGGUGCUGGCGAGCGAGUUGGCAAUUACAAGAUCACCAUCUACGAGCUGGAGAAUUUCCAGGGGAAGAAGUGCGAGCUGACGGAGGAGCUCCCCAACAUCACCGAGAAAGACCUGGAGAAGGUGGGCUCCAUCCAGGUGGAGUCUGGCCCGUGGCUGGGCUUCGAGCGGCAAGCCUUCGCCGGGGAGCAGUUCGUGCUGGAGAAGGGGGACUACCCGCGCUGGGACUCCUGGUCCAACAGCCACAACAGCGACAGCCUGAUGUCCAUCCGUCCCCUCCAGAUCGACAGCCCCGACCACAAGAUCCACCUCUUUGAGAACGCGGGCUACACCGGGCGGAAGAUGGAGAUCGUGGACGAUGACGUCCCCAGCCUCUGGGCCCACGGCUUCCAGGACCGCGUGGCCAGCGUCAGGGCCCUGAAUGGAACGUGGGUCUGCUCGCAAUACCCGGGGUACCGCGGCUUCCAGUACCUCCUGGAGAGUGACAGCCGCGCGGGCGAGUACAAGCACGUGCGGGAGUGGGGCUCCCACGCGCAGACGGGCCAGGUCCAGUCCAUCCGCAGGGUCCAGCAAUGA